GCUCGGGAGUUGGUUCCUUGCAGUUGCGCCUCUCUCUCUCUCUCUCUCUCUCUCUCUCUCUCUCUCUCUUUAGGGGCAAUGGAUCGUGUCCAUCUUCUAUUGCUAGGAUUACCUCUCUUCCUCUUGUGCACUGAUCUCAUCAACCUCUUUACUCCGCCUCCUAAACCUUUUCCUCACCACCACCACCACCAUCACCACCAUAAACCUACUCCACCACCGGUUUCCCAUGAAACCCUAGAAACUCCGGCGCAGGAUCAAGUUGUUGGAGGCAUUGGUCUCGGCAAUACGGUAAAGAUCGACUUUUGCUCUUCCUGUUCUUACAGGGGGACUGCGGUGACAAUGAAAAAGAUGUUGGAAACCCAGUUUCCUGGAAUUGAUGUUUUGUUGGCAAAUUAUCCCCCGUCACUACCCAAGCGCCUGUUGGCCAAGUUGGUGCCGGUAGUUCAGAUAGGAGUUAUUGCAAUUGUGAUGGCUGGUGAGCAGAUUUUUCCAAUGCUGGGCCUCAUGGCACCACCUCCUUGGUAUUAUUCUUUGCGUGCAAAUAAAUUUGGGACAAUGGCAUCUACUUGGCUACUUGGUAACGCACUGCAAUCCUUCCUCCAAAGCUCUGGAGCUUUUGAAGUUUACUGCAAUGAUGAAUUGGUUUUCUCUAAACUGAAGGAGGGGAGAUUUCCUGGAGAGAUUGAAUUAAAAGAUCUUGUUGGCAAAAGGUUGGCUAAUUCUGGAUUUGCAGAUAUGCUGAUGCAGUAAGUAUAUGGAGGCUUGAGACUGUCGUUAUGACAGUUGCGAUUCAGGCUGCUCUACACUGGGUAGAAUGUCUGGGGCAGGGUUGCUUUUGGUGCAUGUAAAUUUGAACUUGCAUGUGUCUGUCACCUAUAUGAACAUUGUUGAGAACUGAAUUGCGGGUUUCAGCCUCAAUGCAGCUAUCCAUCUAAAUUACAUGUAUGGCACUGUGAAUUUGAGAA